AUGACAGUGAAAAAAAUUGCCAUCAUUGGAGCUGGAGUGAGUGGAUUAGGUGCUAUUAAGAGCUGUCUAGAAGAAGGACUGGAGCCUACUUGCUUUGAAGAAAGCUUUGACAUUGGAGGAGUCUGGAGAUAUGAAGAAAAAUCAGAAACUGGAAAGCCUAGUAUCUACCAAUCUGUGACCACUAACAGCUCUAAGGAGAUGACAUCCUUUAGUGAUUAUCCAUUUCCUGAUCAUUAUCCCAACUUCUUACACAAUUCCAAAAUGAUGGAUUAUGUUAGGAUGUAUGCCAAACAUUUUGAUCUCCUGAAAUAUAUCCACUUUUUGUCAAAAGUGAGCAGCAUAAGGAAAUGUUCUGAUUUCUCUUCCACUGGCCAGUGGAAUGUUGUGGUAGAGGUUGAUGGGAAACAGGAAACCUAUAUCUUUGAUGGAAUCAUGAUCUGCAAUGGUCAUUAUAGUGACCCUCAUUUGCCACUGGAGUGCUUUCCAGGCAUCAAGAAAUUCACAGGCUCCUAUUUCCAUAAUCAUGAGUACAAGAAUCCAGAGAAAUUUAAGGGGAAGAGAGUCCUUGUGAUUGGUCUUGGAAAUACCGGAGCAGAUGUGUCCAGUGAGCUCAGUCAUGUAGCUCAACAGGUAUUCCUCAGCACACGACGAGGAUCAUGGAUCUGGUACCGCGUUUGGGAUAAUGGGAAUCCACUGGAUACUGUACUCUUCACACACUUUAAGACUAUCAUCAAAAAAUGUCUAAACAACUCUAUUAUCAACAAAUUGGCAGAAGACGAAUUAAAUACAAGAUUUGACCAUGCUGUGAAUGGUCUGCUGCCUCUUCAUAGGUUUCUAAAUCAUCAACCUACUUUCAGUGAUGAUUUGCCUAGCCAUAUAAUUGCUGGAAGACUAUUGGUAAAAGCAAAUGUGAAAGAAUUCACUGAAACAACUGCCAUCUUUGAGGAUGAUACUGAAGAAAGUAUUGAUGUUGUUAUCUUUGCCACUGGAUAUACGUUCUCCUUUCCUUUCCUGGAUAAUGAUUCAACAGUCUUAGAUAGCCAGCAGUCUCUAUUUAAAUAUGUCUUCCCUCCUCAACUGGAAAAACCAACACUAGCAUUCAUUGGUAUAAUCCAGCCAGUAGGAGCUACUAUUCCAACAUCAGAAAUGCAGAGCCGAUGGGCCACACGUGUGUUCAAAGGGCUGAACAAAUUACCUUCAAUGAGUGACAUGAUGACUGAAAUCAAAUGGAUGGAAAAUGAUCUGAAAAAUAAGUUUGUAUCAAGUCUUCGUGAUGAACGCCGAGUUCAGUACAUUGAGUACAUGGAUGAAAUUGCCUUGGAAAUAGGAGUAAAGCCCAGUGUGCUUUCUCUCUUCUUUUCAGAUCCCAAGCUGGCCUUAAACAUUUUCUUUGGUCCUUGUACUCCAUACCAGUACCGCCUGCAGGGACCUGGGAAAUGGGCAGGAGCUAGGGAAGCUAUUUUGACUCAGAGAGAACGCAUUAUCAAGCCCUUGAGAACUCGAACUGUCAGUGAUGACCAACUUCCAUUCUCUGUGCCAUUUUGGCUUUUAAGUAUCAGUAUGGGCCUUCUCGUUGUUCUUAUCUUAGUGUUAUUUUAG